AUGGUCGGCGUCGUUUCGGUCGCGAUGUUGACCCUCCUGUUGUACGCAAUGGAGGUCUGUACCGGUCUGCGCGGUCUGCGCAAGCAAUCGUUCGACGAAGCAGUGCUAGAGUGUGCCGAGUUGCUGCUGAUCCAUCCCCAGACGAUGGAAUCCAUUCGCGGUGGAGUCCUAGGUGACGAUGACGACACCAAGUCCCUCAUCCGGUGUGUCGGAGUGAGCUGUCGGUUUUGGAGUGACUACACCGGGCUACGUCGGGACAUUAUCGAACGCUACUUCACCCCGGACGCUAGUGACACACUGUACCGUAAUCGGACCCGGGCCUGCCUGGAGAAGCUACCCCGAGUACUGUCGUUUCCGCACGAUCACCGCAACCAGCGCGAUCUGGCGUAUCGAUCAUUUCUGUGUUACUAUCACAACUACGGGAACCUGAAGCGCACUCAGGACUUCGUUCCAAUGGACAGUGUGCAGCUGCUGCAGCUGGCAAGACAGUGCAUGAGCGUGUUGUGCAUUGCGGUGGAAGACCUCGUGAAUCUCACUGUGGCCGAGCUGGACGAGAUCCGGAGUGUGCACUGCCUGAUACGGUGCAUCGGUCUCCAGACGGAGCUUUACAGUGAUCGGCACGGGGUUAACGUUGACCUGGUGUACGCCCAGUACGGCGAGGGCUAUGAUGAGGCCGCUUUCAAAGCGAAUGCCCACCGUUGCGUGAGCAGCUACAGCGCAACCGCUUCCAGUGAGGAUCCUUGCCGAAAGGCUUACAAUUUGCUGUACAAGUGUUUUGAAAAUGUCCGCAACAUUGUGUCGAGGUUCGAAGUGCAAGAAUCUUACGAGACUUGA